AAGAAGAGUCCUUUUGACUUUCAUUUCUUCUUCUGAAAUUUGGUUGAGGGAUUGAUUAAAAGGCUUUUGCGUUGCAUUUAUUUCAAUCAUCAAAAUCCUAUCUGCUCACCUAACUAACUAACUCCAGCGUCGCCAUUAUUCAAGUUGAAUAAACCCUAAAAAGCUGUCGCCUUCGAUUCAUAAUCAGAGAAGCUGAUGAGGUCACGAGGUGACGACGUAGAUGAUGUUAGAUCAGAUGCUGGCUCCUCAAAAGAAACAACGAGUCUCCAGGGGAAGCACACUACAAACGGGUCUCAAAGAUCCGGCAAAAGCCAAGACCUUGGUUCAGAAUCUCCCUCAAAGAACACAAACACCAACAACCCUAUUGAGUAUACAGAGCAAGAACGAGCCGAGCUUCUUAGACGGUUAGAUUCAAUCAAAGAUCAUCUCCUUCGUGGUGGUAAUAAACCAAAAGAAACAGACCACACUCAACCAUUCCUCAGACCAAUCCAUCUCCAUGCUCCUCCUCCUUAUCCUUAUCCACAUUACCCUCAAGGUUAUCAUCAUCAUCAAGACCCUUAUAGAAGACCACCUCCAUUUCCAAACCCUUAUGGUCCCUAUCCUAAUCAUAUGACUGGUGGUGCUGAUGUAGUUGACUCACAUCCAUACUUUCCAGCUACUCCCAGUAGGUACAGUGACAUGCCUCCUUAUAGCCCUCUUUCUUCUCACCAGAGACUCUACAGUCCACCUGGGAACACCUACAACAACAGUCCUAGUUUUCCUUCUUCUAUGAACUCUCCAGGUCCUCGAGGUGGUGGUGGUGGUGGCUACGCUAGGUGGCCUAGUGGUCUUGAUUCUGAGAUGGGCGGUGGUGGUGCUUUUGCUCGUGGGUAUGUUAAGAAAGCUGUUUCUGAUAGCGAUGCUCGUCGUUGUCAUCCACUUGCUGGUGGUGCUCCUUUUAUAGCUUGUCGUAGUUGCUUUGAGCUGCUUUACUUGCCUAAGAAGAAGCUUUUGGCUCAGGAGGGGAGGCAGCAUAAGCUGCAAUGUGGUGCUUGCUCUGAGGUUAUUACUUUCACAAUCGUUGAUAAGAAACUCGUUUUCACAACAACAGAACCGGUCUCUCUAGUGGUUGAAGCUAGAACCACAACAAAUCAAGAACUAAAGAAUCAGGGGGACACUACUAAAACCACCCGGUCUGAAUCUCAACAUUCAGAUGAUGAAGAAAGGUCGAGUGUUUCUAGUGAACAACAACAGAAAGAGGUCAAAUCUGUUCCUAGACGAGUUAAAGGCUCAAAAUCUCCGGAACCUGCUGGUGCUCCUGAGAGUGCAAGUCUCCUUGAGCUUUUUGAAUAUUCUAAUGUAAACAGAGCUGCACUUGCUUAUGGGAUGGCAGAGUUGGGUUAUACCAAGCCUUAUAAGCAAGAAGUUUUCAAGAAACAAGACUCGGUAAAGGCGGAAUCAGUAGCUACAGAGACAGAGGUUUCUUACAAUGGAUACUCUAACACCGAGAUCACUGAAGAUUCAACGUGCUCUACCGGAAGAGAAGAAGACAAGAACGGAACAAGAAACCGAAACGAAGAUCAAGGGAAGUCACUAGAGGUUUGGGUCAAUGGACAUCUUAUACCAGAAAAUCUAGUUAGCAGUGCUGAGAAACUAGCUGGACCAAUCCAAACUGGAAAGUAUUGGUAUGACUACAGAGCUGGGUUCUGGGGUGUAAUGGGCAAACCAUGUCUCGGUAUAAUACCUCCAUUUAUUGAGGAGUUUAGCCAUCCAAUGCCAGAUAGGUGUGCUGCAGGAAACACAGAAGUGUAUGUGAAUGGAAGAGAGCUUCACAAGAGAGACUUGGAGUUACUCGUGGGUCGUGGUCUUCCUCGUGACAAGAACCGUUCUUAUAUUCUUGAUAUAUCAGGAAGGGUCCUUGAUGGAGACUCAGGGGAGGAACUUAAAAGCCUUGGCAGAUUAGCCCCAACGAUUGAGAAGACGAAGCAUGGAUUUGGCAUGAGAGUUCCGAGAUCAUUAGCUUCAUGAAAAGUGAAACAAUACAACCAUAUGAUACUUGAUUAUGCGGUUUCAUUCUUCAUAUUAUUUGUUUGUUUUUAUAAAUGUAAAGUGUGCUUUUUUUUUUUACCCAUGACAUGGGUUAGAGUUUGAUUAUAUAUUUUUAGAUGGGUUAGAAUUUGCUUCAAGAUUUUUUUUCUUCUUUUUUUUUUCUCUUGUAAUGCUUCUUCUUCUUCCAAGCAGACAAAAAGGGAUUGGGAUUCUUGGUCGAGAUUACUUACAGAUUUUGUGAAAUGAAAUAGUUUGCCU